CUCCCGCCUUGUCAGUUUCGUUUCUCGCAGCCUGGGUUAGGCGCCCUCGCUGCAGCCAUGGAAAAAGCUAGUGCAGAAUUUGAAGGGGGUGCCAGCCUGGAGGCCGAACUCACGUGUUCCAUCUGCCUGUGCCUGUACAAGGACCCAGUGUCGCUGAGCUGCAGUCACACCUUCUGCCAGCAGUGCAUCAAGAAGGUGCUCACAGCCCAGAAACAAUCGCAGGCUCCUUUAACCUGCCCCCUGUGCAGGCUCCACCUGGGGCCCAACCUGGAGCUGCAGAAGAAUUUCCACCUGUGCAACAUCGUGAAGGCAUUUCAGGCCAAGAUUUCUGAAGAAAAACAGGGCAAGGGCUCUGAAGAGGGGGAGACAGAGGUGUUCCCCUGUGAGUACUGCCUGGAUGAGACCCAGCCAGCGGUGAAAACCUGCCUGGUCUGCGAUGCGUCCUUGUGCCAGGCCCAUCUGAACAAACACAACUCCAAGGCUUCCUACCAGGACCACAUCCUGGUGGAGGUGAGAGCAGGCGGUGUGGCGGAGGAGAGGAGGUGCCCGGAGCACGGCAGGAUGCUGGAAUGCUACUGCAGCCGCGAGGAGCAGUACAUCUGCGUGCUCUGCGCCAUCAGGGGGGCCCACGUGAACCACGAGGUCCUCACCCUGAAGGAGGGACAUGACCAGCAGCUGACUAAACUCCUGAACAAGAUGACACGUCUGCAGCUAUAUGAAAGGGCCAUAGUUACUGCCCUAGAAGAUCUUCAAAAAAGUGAGAAUCAGAUCAAGACCAAUACAAAGACAGUGACUUCUCAGAUACAAAAGCUGUUUGACGAGAUAAAGACAGAGUUGAUUAAGAAAGAGGAGAAGAUCCUGAGUGACAUUCAAUUGAAUGAGAAAAAACAACUGGCAUACAUUGACAACUUGAAGAAGAAUAUGGAACAUAGGAGAGAGGAGGUUGAGCGGAAUCAUCAGCUUUUGCAGAAGCUGAGAGAGCAACAAGAUAUUUUCCUCUUCUUCAAGGAAUUUCAUGUAGCAAUACUGGCCACAGACAGGAUUCUGCGCCAGAAUUCAAACAUUUACAGGGCAGAUGUGGUGGUGGUGGAGGAGAUGGAUGGCGUCGGGAUUCGCCGCUACCAAGACAAGAUACGGGACUCCAUGAAGGAACUGGACUGUAUCUUCUGGGAACUGCAAGGUAAACUCACCAAACAAAUGAAGUGUAACAGCACAAACCAAAGCAAAGGAUCGGCGUGUGACAGAUAUAAACAAAAUUUUUGAUUCACAUACGGCCAGAAGAAAAAGAGAGGUGAAAAACAAGAUGGAAAGGAAAAGUUUAAUAUUGUUAAAAAUUACCUUUAAUAAUGAGAAUCUGCCAAAUGUCUUGACCUCCCCUAUAUCCCUGGCAUUCAAAUCAAUUCUGUAGCAUACGCAAAUUUAAAAAAGAAGUGCUAAGAAUUAACAUGAACGUAAGAAAAUCUCUGACUGCUGUUGUUUUCCAAA